AUGCGCUCGUUUGGGCAAACCAUGCACCUACCUUGACCUUCCGCAGACGAAACGCAGGCAUAAGGCUGCACCGACUGCCCCGAGGUAGGUCUCCACACAUACAUUACUAUAGCACUCGCUGGUAUUGAUCAGGAAGCAGCCGUGUGGAGGUGCUAGAGAGGAAGGUCGAACAGCUGAUGUCGCAGCUGGUUGCCUUGAGCCAACCGAACGGACACACAUCGCCGGGCACGUCUACUGCUCCGCUCACCACCCACGACGGGGCCUCAUCUCGGGAUGCAGAUGCAGAUUUGGGUUCGACAGACAUUGCGGCGAUGCUCGACGCUGCUAAGGACUCGUCGCACGGGCUCGAUCCGCCGACCGGCUCCGCUCUGGCGGGCCAGCCGACCAUCGUCGAGCGAGGGCUCCUGAGUGCAGCCGAGGCGGAGCGCUUGGUCGCGAGCUUCCAGCGCGACUUCGUGCUCACCUUCCCCUUUGUCGUGCUCGCGCACGGCGAGACAGCCGCUCGUCUGCGGGCUCGCGAGCCGUUCCUGUUCCUGUGCGUCGUGGCCGCGACCAUCGGCAGUGCGCAUCCGCUGCGCAAGACCGUCGCCGAGGAGAUCAUGAAGCACGUUACGUGCCGAGUCGUGGAACGCUCCGAGCGCAAUCUCGAGUUGCUCCGCGGUCUGUUGGUGCACUGCGCAUGGUACUCGUACCCUGCGGAGAAGAAUCAUCCGCGACUACUGUUAUUGAUCCAGUUUUGUGUUUCGAUGGUACACGAUCUGGGACUGCACAGGAAGCCUGCCCUAAGUUCUGAUGAGCAGCGGGCGCUGCUCGGUACGUUCUGGGUAUCUAUUGGUGUCUGUGGCACGCUCGACCGACCGAUUACCAUGAAGCAUGAUGGUCGAACCGAGGAGUGCCUCGCGAAGAUAGCAUCUGCCGAACAUCCGUCGGAUCGGUGGAUUGCGCCGUUCAUCCGUCUAGAGUCCUUCUUGGUAACAAUGGAGGAAGUUUAUGCGUCGGUACAAGCAAGCGGGGGACGAAUACUCGUCCAGAUUACGCGGGGCGCUCUACAGCGGCAACUCGAUAGCCUGAGGGCGGACAUAGAAAAGGAUCUCCCAAGCUACCCUUCAUCGACAGCGAAUUCAAUCCGCAUUGAGAUCAAACAUGCGGAGCUACGGCUCGAGGCACUAUCUCUCCGAGAGGACCUGUGGACCGCAGAGCCCGCCAGCGCAAUCCGGACGACGAUGCUGAUGGACCUCAUCCAGCGAAGCCAAGAGCUCAUCCGCACGGUCAGCCACCUGCCCGUGUCGGAGAUCGCCCAGAUCUCGAUAACAACCACUGCCCAUGUAUGCGCCGCCGUGGGCUUUGUGCCCACCGCCGUCUUUGCCCUUCUCCGACUCAUCACUACCACCCCCAUUACCCCCGGUAACCCCGCCACCAACGACUCCGCCACAGAAUCCCAAGUACAGGCCGUAGUCGACGCAGCCGACUAUCCCAAUCUCAUCACGGAGCUCGCCAACGCGCUGGACACGCAGUUCGAGGGCAUGUCGACUGCCGCCAAAGAGGCGGACGUCACGGGCAGCCUGUGCUUGAAAAUGCGGCUGCUCGCCCGGUGCUACCCCUAUCAGAUUCGGGCAGUUGUAGGUAGUGCUGCUGCUGCUGCAGCAGUACCUCCUGCUGCUGUUGCAACUGCGCCCUCCCAACCUGCAGCCUCAGGGCAGGAUAUGUCGAUGAUGGCCGUUGACGCCGCCGAUGAGGCUCCCAUUACCAUGCCACCACCCCAGGUCUGGCUGUCUGUCUACGGCGAUCUGGACGAUAUUUUUCCUGUCGAUGACAUCCAGUGGGAUUCUCUGUUGAGCAAUUUCACGGGGUUUGGCUAGGCUAGUUGAGCCGGAUUAUGCUUUCUGGGGGGGGGGGUUAUCUCUUCG